CGGUCAGUUUGAAAAAUGGCGGCCGAAGGAAAUUCUGAACUGGACGGAAUAGAAAGGUUUCAAUACUUUUUUCGUUAUGUGGCAUGCCAAACGCAUGAUUACGCAUUUUUUCUUUUAAAUUGACGGUGUUGCUUACUAUACGACUCGUUUUUGAUUAUGACAUAACAGGAUCUUUCAAGAUAUCAGAAAUCACAGCCAAAAUGUAGACAAAAAUCUUGAGAUCUUAAACAUCGGAGAUGUUAAUCAUGAACUGCAGCUACAAAAGCACAAGGUAAAAUGUUCGAUUUAAUCAAAGUUAUGCUCUUAGAAGAAUCGCUGGAUACCUAAAGGCCCUUGCUGCAAAAACUCUGAGUUGCCCAACUCUCAAAAGCUUCAUAAAAGGAAAGUUUUUCUAAGAAGACUCGACAAAAGUGAUCAGUCGUCUGUGGCAGCUGAGUUUAAGAGAGCUGCAGUUCUGAGUAUUGGCUUUUAUCGACUGUCAACCUUUCUGAAAAUAUUAUCAGCAGAAAAAAUUGACUUGAAAUUGAAAUUCAACCAUAAACGUUUUUUUCUGUAAUUGCCUUAUCUUGAUAUGCUGGACAUUUUUCUUUUUUCGUUACAGAAUCAUCUGGCAAGUCUGAAAACUAUUUUGAUAAGGUUACAAACUCAAUCUCGUUUUUUGGAAAUGGCGAGAGAAAAUUGGUCUUCAGCUAGUGAUCUUGAAAUGACUGGUGAGAAAUCAUACAAUAUUUAAUAUCCAUUCAUCAGAAGGCAAGUGAUGAAAGUAACUUAUUUGUCUUAUCACCUGCACUUUUGUCUCACAGCUCUUAUUUGAAACCUUUUCACCCUAACAUUGAUCUUAAUUUUUUCCACACUUGUCUCUUGACAUUUCCUAUAUAAAGAGAAUUUUCUUGACGAUCAUUAGCUUCUUAAUUUGGUGAGUUGAUUUUCCUAAUUCAUAUGAACCCUAUAUUUGAUUCAAGGGUGAUGCUGUUAGCAUAAAUUAGAGACCAUUCACUCUAAGGGGUUAAUGGGUUACUCUUGAAUCAGCAAUACUCAAUAAUGGGCUACUCAUGAAUCAGCAAUACUCAAUUACGUACUCACUUAUGGUUAGAAAAUUAUGCUAAAUUCAGAUUUCAAUUUUGUGAUUCUAUUGUAUACCCCUCUGCCAAUUUUCACUGAACUGACGAUAUUUUUCCUCUCCAAAAGGUGGGAGGGAGCCUAGGGGUAGAUCAAGGAUUUUUCUUUGGAGGGGGUGUGCCAUAAGGAAUGACAUAACUGACAUCUGCUAUAACAAAUAGAAGGGGUAAUGCCUGAAACUUCAGUAUGAAACUACUACUUUUAUGGCAUUACACAUAAAUUCUUCAGCCUCAUCUCAUGCAUUAGUUCAACACCAAUAAACCACUUAGUUUUUUUCUUUAUUUUUUCUCAAAAUACCAGUCAUAUUCAUUUAGAAAACCCUAACUCGUUUCAGGGGGGGAUGGUUGCACCCUUAAUCUCUUAAAUCCCUUAUCCCACCCUCUCUUCCACAGCCAGUAGACGAGACAAAUUGAAUUUUAGAGGUGGUUUUUCUUUCAGUUUAAGAAAAAGAGAAAUUUGCAUGAUAUUAUUACUGAAGCAGUUCAUUCAUUGUUAUCAUUCAGUCAUGCUCUUGUAAUGUAUUUGUGGUGAUUUCUAUUUAGAGCACCAAUCAAAUGUUAGGAGUGAAAACAAGCAAGAUAAAGUAAUGAUUGAGGAGCUGGAGACACAGAUUGAUGACAUGGCUGAAACUCUCUCUACAAGUGAGUUGAACAUAAACUUUUAGUUUCUUAGAAUUACUAUGGUAAUCAAUUGAGGUCUUUUAAAUACUUAAAAAUAUUGUCACCAGAUUCACUGAACCUAGUUGUAUGAUAGCUGGAAAAGCUGCAAAAAUUUUAAUCUUGAAAACUUUAAUUACCCUCUUUCAUACAUAAUUUUACUCUUGUUCAGAUUUUCCAUUACUUGAUACAGUGGCUGUUUAGAUAACAUUAAAUUUUUCUCAAGUUGUGGUUGAUCAGAUCACCAUGAACAUUUUUUGAAGGAAUUACCAUAAGAAUGUUCUUCAUUAUCAUCUUUCUCAGUGUCUCCAUGCUUUCAAUUUUUUUGAUUCUAUCAGAAUGCAGGACAUGAGUCAUAUAACUGAUAAUUGCCCUAAAACCAAAACCAAAAUAAUCAACAGACAAAAGGAAAACCAUGUAAAGUGCCUGAGGGGUGGGAAAAUGCAGGUGACUAAGAUGUAACUGGUGUUAGUUUUUAAUCUGAUUGGUUGAGAAAAUGGUGCAAGUUUUCUGGACCAAUCACAAGGCAGAGUGAAGCUAAAAAAAAGCAAUCCUACAUUGCUAUCAACACUCAAUUGAAAACUGCUCUUCACUAAUAUGGUAUUGACUUGGCAGAACAUAAAAUUUUGAAAGAGAAGCUUGACCUUUUGGAAAACAGACUGGUCAGCACAAAGGACAAGGUAAAAUAAAUAUAACAAAUGCAGUCUGUAAAAUUCAGUGUUACUUUUAUUUUUAGAACUAUUACACGUUUUAAUUGUGAUCACCAAAUGAAUAUGUUUGCACAGACACUGUUAGCAUGACUUACUUAUUUCAGCCAUCUUUCAUGGUGAAGGAUUCAGGUGGUAGCAACCUUUUGAUAUUUUUUUAAUUAAAUGAAACCAUUUCAUAGCCCUAGACAUAAAAAUUUUAAAUUUAUUCAGGCAAAUUGAGUUAAAAAAGGUGAGGCCUGCAUUCAAGCCUAGUAGCCUGUAAUAGGCAGUAGUUUAACCUGGUUUUUGUAACAUGAAACAACCAGCACUAUUGCUACUUACCCUCGAGGGAUGGGGAUGCUAGUAGUUCAUUGCAGGUUAAACCCUCCCCCCCUCCCUCAGAAUUUUUUCCAGGCUUCCCUGUCAGUUCACUGUUACCCAGUUCUACUCCUGGGUGUAGACUGGGCACUGUGAGAGUUAAGUGUCUUGCCACAGAACUCAACAUAAUGAUCCAGCAAGGAAUGAAACGGGAACCUCUCAACUUUGAGUCUAGCAUGCUAACCAUUAGGUUAUUGUAUCUCUAGGGAGGGUGGCCAUUAAUGGAAAGAUAAAGCUGUUAUCUGAUCUAGCAAAUAAUAAACACCAGCUCUAGGCAUAACUCCCAAAUUAUAACAAACACAAUUAAACCUAAUAAAAUCACUGUUAGUUAUUAACAGUUUUAUAACUUUUUUGUUCUUAGAGAAAGAACUUUGAAAUGCUGAAAGAGAAGUUAGAGGAAAUGGGCAACAAAGUGCAGGAAAAGGUAGAUACAACCCAUUUUCCCUCAGUAUUUCAGACUGGGCUUAAGCACUAACAAGUCAUGCUUUUCCUCCUUAAUUCUUAACUGCAUUACGGAAUUGAAUAAUGUUUUCCUAAGAGAAAAUCAAGGCUCAAGGGUGCUCUCUGAACAGUUUUGAUAUCAAUUCUAGUCAUGGCUAAAUUACUUUGCAUUCAUCAGUUUGACCCAUUAAACCAUGGUCUGCCUUCCCCAUCAACAUCUUUUAAAACAAAACCACAAUCCUAUCUGUUAACAGCUUUUAAUGGAAGUAGGGAAAAGCCUAUACAACUGCAGAAAAGGGUGCAUUCAAGCUUGCACAUGUGACUUUUCUGUCUUUCUUCAUUUUGAAGCCAGUGUGGGUACCUUCAAGAAAAUUUUUUCAACCCUUUAUCAGAAUCUAUAUUCUCCAUACUCUUCUCUAUGCAUUUACUUAAGUACCGACAAGGAGAAUUUGUUUAACAAUCAAAGCUUGGCAAUCAUUUCCUUUGUUCUCAUGAUCUUAAUAUAUGGUUCAGCCAUAUUAAUGUAAGGAGAAAUUAGAUGCUGGUCACUUUCAGGGUUUAAAGGGUUAAUUUUAUGCACCGUUAAUCAAUGACAAAAUUGUCUGAUUACAUCUUACAGUGACCUCAUUUUUCUGAUUUGCAUGAAAGUUUUUUUAAGAGUUUCUUCUAGCAGCCUGGCUCAAAAUGAAAAACUUUCCAAAACAGCCACUAAAGUAAUUUCAAAUCAUUCUGGAGCUCAUUAUUAGUCACUUAGAAGUGAGCAAUCUAUAAAGGAUUUAAAAUUAAAUGGCUCUUCUAUCACCCAAAGGACCGCUGGCCAAACAAAGUUUUACUUGUAUGAAAAUGAAAAUCUAUAAAAAUUGAUUGUGCGCUGGAAUUAGCAAAUUUUCUUUCACAAAAGUACUCUCGAAUUAUUAUGUCUUGCUUAAGCUUAUCAGCUCACUAUAAAUUUUUUUUCUCUUUUGCUCACAAAACACAUCAAAGUUUAAUCAUUCUUUCCACUAAAUACAAAAGUUAGCAACAACUGAUUUUCAUUGAAACUGCAGUUAAUUAUUUUGAAAUCACUCCAUCACAUCUUUCACUUUAACCCUUUAAGUCCCAGAUCAAAUUUGUAAUUCUCCUUACUGUCAACCAUACAAUUCUUAUAAUGUUAGUUCAGAGAAUUCAGCAUUGGAUCAACUAAUUAUCCCCAAAUUGAUAUUUUUCUUUACUCUCUACGCUUAUCUGGUUGAUAUUGUAUUGCUAUUGUAAGGAGAAAUUCUAUCUUGGUCACUCAUGGGAGUUAAAGGGUUAAGCAGGAUUUGAGCUUUCAUUAAGAAAUGGGAAUCGAAAAAUCUGUAUGCGAUGACUGUUGCAGUCAGACACAACUACUUCCCCCCGUUUUCCAACUGCCACAGAGUAUGGCAAACAAAAAUUUCCCUCUUCCUCACCAAAGCCUCCAAAGCUCUUUACGAAGUUUCCAUAAGAGUCAAGGACUUGGAUGCGACAGUUGCCAGAAUCGCACACAAGUAUGUUACCUCCUGAAUCCACAGCCAGUCCUCGCGGUUUGAUAAAUUGUCCUGGCUCCCUUCCUGAUCUUCCAAUCUGCUGAAGGUAGACACCAUGUCGGUUGUACACCUUGAGGCAGUGGUUAAAUGUGUCAGAGACAAUAAAUCGCCCUUGAUGGAAAACUGCAGAUGAUGGCCAGCCCAGCUUGUUUUUCCCAUCAGCUCCGAAUUCAAGACAUAAAUGUCCACUAUGGUGAAACACUAGUACCCGUUCAUUUGACGAGUCCGUGACAAUUAUGUGUCCUUCAUUAUCAACUGAUAUUCCCUCCACUUUGGUGCCAAGUUUAGUCUCAGUGUUCAUGCACCUGAUCAGCCGACCUUCAGAGUCCAAUACUUUGAUUUUGUGAGUUUCAUCAUCGAAGGUUACAAGGUGAUGAUCAAGGUCAAACGCAAUGCCGGUGGGAAGGUGAACACUCUCUACUUCAUCAUCUGUUAAAAAAUGAAGGAAACUGCCUCGAUGAUCAAAUACUUGAAUCCUGCUGUUAGCAUGAUCAGCAACAGCAAUACAGCCAUCGUCCCGUAUGGCCACGCCCCACGGGAGGGUAAAUUCACCCUUGUCAGCCCCAGGUGUUCCAAAAGCAGUAAUUUGUAUUUCACCUGUUGAGUAAUCGAGACUAAUUGAAUUAAUGUCAGAGCUCUCUGGGUCUUCUUGAGUAGAAUGAACGUCCAGUUUUCCAAGCUUAGUUAGUUGUUCACUUUCGUUAAAACUUGUGUUUGGAGUAAAUACAAUGGGAUUAAUUUCCGGUAUGUCCGACUCUAUACCAUCAAUGUCUCGGAGCUGAGAUAGGAUCGAAUCUUUAGCUUCAACAAGCCUCUUUGUGGAGAGUGCAUUGAUUUGUUGCUGGGCAUCAUUGAGUAUCCUACUUGCAUCUGCUAUCAAAUUCUGUAUCACAACUUUUUGCUGUCUUAAAUCACUCUGCUGUCGAGCCACAGCCGAAUUAAGCUCUUCUAUAAGUUCUUCCUCUCUAGUUCUCACCAUCAGCACAAUUCUUUCUGCAGCUUGCCGAAUUUCACCUUCAACUUGCUGCCUUCGGUUUCCAAGACUCUGCGAUGUGUCCAUGAUCUUGGACAACAAUCCCUUUUUGUCUUGCAACGUCUCCUUGCAUUUAUUUAUACGGUCCUCCACCUCCUUGAUGUCUUUGGUUCUACUUUUCCCGGAUAUUAGAGCAAUCGCGAUGUAAUUUGUAGGCAGACCGUCGAUGCCCUCCGGAAGAUGUAUCUCAGUUUCUCGCCUGCAGGUGGGGCAACGCAAGAAGGAUCGAAGCAAAUUGUGUUCCACCAUCGGACUCAGACACCGUUUGCAGAAUGUGUGAGAACAACACAGAUUCUUUGGAUCUUCGAAUUCGUCUAGGCACACCGGACAUUUCAGCUCUUCCUCUAAAACACGAGACAAAUGACCUUGAUCUCGAAUCCAACUCAUCUCUUUCCUUGAAGUCGAGCCGAGCCGAACGCAGAAGUUAAAGGAAAACUGGCUUGAUACCUUAUCAGAUCGAAAACUGACCGACUCAGUGAUUGUUAUCCUCUAACAAGGUUCCAGAUAAAUUGGUUUUAGGAUUGCUAUAAAUUCACACAAUUGUUUUGUCGAAUCACGCCUCCAGUUCACAGAUUGUAGACCAAUGAAACGUUUUGAUAGCUAUAUAGGAUGAAAUCACAGUUACAAUCCUAUAAAAGCCGUUAGCAUUCGUCCGCGCUUCAGAGUUCCUUUCGAUUUUCCUCGUCAACCACCACUCCGCCAGACAGACCCAAAAUUCUUUUCAAGCCCAACAUAAUCACCUAUUGAUUUCUUUUCAGAAAUUGAAAUUUUAAACCCUGGGGCCUAAAGAUUUAUGUCAACAUGACACUCUAUUCUCUUUAUCGUCCAAUCACGAUCGUUAUUUUAGGUUUACCCUUUGACAAAACUAUCAUGAGUCAUGGUUUGGGGUUUGAUCCCGAGCAAAGACUAGCUGUCGCCUUUUAGAUUUCAACGUGACUUUUCCUUGGAGACUUAAUGAGAUAUUUCAUGUUUGAAGAAUGCCUCUAAGGAAGUAUUUACUGUGAAAAUUGUUUAGCAUCAGUAGCACACUCUAGAUUUCCAUGUGGUUCUUUCCGCCUGCCCACGCAAUCUGAAGCUUGCAGCUGCCUUAUGCAAUAGGUCACGCAAUCUCUUAAGCAGAGACAAACUGGUCACAGUGUACCGAAAUAUCUCAGGCAAAGAUUGGUGCAUCUUGGAGAAUUUUGCCGAACUUUAUCUGGUUCGUCGACCGCAUUCCGUCUCAAUAUUCUCCAUUCUUCCUCUUCAUGGGUUUUAGAAUGUUUCUUUUCUGUCUUAAGCAUUAACAACGAAGUUGAUGAUGCAACUUAGCUACUGUAAAGAGAUUUUAAAGCUGACCUUCCGAACGUCAGCCGAGCGUAGUUCGCCCUGACGAAGGGUUCACGUUCAGAAUGUCAGCUUAAGAAACUCUACGGUGGCCGAGUUACAUUUAUCAACUUAGUUGAUAAAAGAAAAUUAUCUUAUCUUACACCGCACCCUCCCCUCCCCUCCCCUCCCCUCAACCCACCGACGUAGCACCACAGUUUCUUGAGAAACUUAAACUUACUUCUUUUAUAAUAUUUUGUGGUCUCUGUCUCGUUGAAGGUAGUUUUGCAUAGCUCAAGAAUUGUCGCAAAAUUUUGCGUGGAGGCUAUUUUUAACACAGUAGUAGAGAUGAAAGAAACUCGGAAAAGCCAAUGUGAAGUGUAAAUGCCACCCUGUUAUCACAAACACUUUUCUCUGUUCUGUCUCAAAGUUCUUUUUCAUCAGAUGAAGAAUCUUUAGUCAGAGGCACGGGUUUUUACUCUAUUGGAUUGUAGCCUUUCCCCAAAAUACUUUUCCUAGAAUUAAAAAUGAGUAUCGAGAAAAUCUGUCCAGGUUGCUGCAGCGCUCUGGAAAUUUAAAGAGUUGGCAAUAAUCCCUCAUUUCGUUUUUUUUUUUUUUUUUUUUUUUUUUGACAUCUCGUUAGGAAAAUAGCCAUGGCUCGUUGGAAGAUGUGAAAGCGAAACAGGUCAGUGAAACAAAGUCUAAUUACUAAAACAUCCAGCAGAGAAAAAAGUGAAAUGGAAAAAGAUUUAAUAUGAAAGUAAUUGAAAUUGGAUUUGGAAUUGAACAAUGAACUGGUAAGUACUCUUUGUAUCCGAGGCAUAACGCAUCGAGCCUGCUCCCUGAAGUAAGUGAUGAGGUUUAAGAACGAUUUUUAAGCCAUCUUCCCUCACUUUCCCCCACCUUAACGCCAGCUGCAGCAUUUGUCAUUGUUGCCUGCGAGCAGGCUUUCGAAAGCACUGUGGAACGAGCGGCAGAUUCGAACUGGUCAGCGCGCAAGAGGUCUUCGAGGGUUUUGGAACUCAUUUUUCUUCCAAUAAUCCCCAUGAACCUUCGCGCGCCCACAUCGCUCACCGACUCAAAUCGCGCGGCUUUUCACGCUUUUGUCGUAGCAUCAGUGGGAGCCUGCAGGUAGGUUGUCAUUAGGGUCGCAAAGUUUUGCUGCUCUUGCAUCUUACUCUUCCCAACCCCUGCGUAAAGUUUACAAUUUACUGUUAAUGAACAAGUCCAAGACUUUCACGGAAGAAUCACGGUGCAGAGAGUUAUUCUCAUGUAUCUUGACACAUUUUUUAGCCAAUUUUCUUGAAAAGUGUAUUCCUGGUCAAGUUUUCCACUGAUUUAAAGGCAAGAACAUAUACAGGCGAUGUGCUAUAUUUUUUAUAGGCAGAGACAGAAUUAGCCAUCCAACAGUGUACAGCAGCAAUUUCUGGACUUGAACACUGCAAAGGAUUGUUAAAGGGUGAGGUGAGUCGUCUGGAGGAGUUUGUCAAGGAACGGGAGGAAGAACUAAAGAGGCAAACAGAGAUGACGAAAGAUCACGACGAACAAGAGCGGAAAAGGCGACAAUGGUAAAUGACAUGUCUCUAUUGUCAGUUCUUCACAUAACGUAACAAUUAUGCGAUACAUUGUGUUUUCAUUAGAUUGUAUGCCCCGAGAAAAAUGUUUCAAGCCCCACGCAGGAGACGCGGCGUCCUUGAGGUUAUAGCCUUCCUCUCCGCCUUCCUCCCCACCCCUACCCCCUCGCUCCUUUUCUUCCGCUUUCCUCGUCGUCCCAUCCUCAACUGGAGAGCCUGUUCACAGGCUAUAUGGUUAGCGCUGGUCUUGGGAUCUUUUUUUGUUGUUGUUGUUUUAUGCUUCGUUUUGUUUGUUUUGUUUUGUCUUGUUUUUUGGGGGGGAAGGGAGUUAAUUGUUGUACUGCCUCUCUCCACCCUGGAGUACAACCGGAUACCAGAGAACUGUCAGGGAGUGCUUGAAAAAAUUGCAGGGGUGGAGGGAGGUUACCAGCGAUGGACUAUCUUGCUGUCGAGGGGGUGGGGGAGUUGGCAAUAUUCCUCUUUUGAAUGCUCCCAAUGGUGUCUCUAGAGUUCUUUUCCUUCGUGCAUUAGGCUCUUAGAUCACAAGCAGUUUUCAAGUAAUCUGGAAUGACCUAGACCCUGGUUCGUAUUAGGCACUUUAAAAGUUAUCUAAAACCAACCAAACACGUAGAUACAAAAUAAAACCAUGUGCGGAAUGGUCCCUCGCGUUGCGCGCAACUGGCUCUUUGUGAUAGUUACCACCCCUCCUCACCAUCAUCAUCAUCAUCAUCAUCAUCAUUUCUUUGCCUUUUUAACGAUCCAAAACUGAAUAAAAUCUCUAAAGCAUUAGAUUUAUAGAAGGCGAGGAGACCCAAGAAGCCACCAGGCUUAUGGGAGAGGCCUUACUCUGGUUAGCGUUGCGUUUUUUUUUCUUCAUUCGUUUUACAAAAUUCAACCGAAUUAAAUCUCAAUAAACCAUGUUCCCGUUAUUUGUUUUAUCAAGGUUGACAGAUGUGGUUGAACUACACAGUCGCCUUGGAGGUGUCUCUGUGCAAAGCCUACAUGGAGACUGCGUGGUCUUGGAGAUACGGAGUGACGAACAUAUUGAAGAUCAGGGGGUGAGGUUAUUGGUCGAACUGCCUCCCCCUUGAUUUUGACCAUUAAGUAUCGUCUGGACGGAGGGACACGUCCUGUGUUCGGAGGAGCAACGGUAAAAUACCUUACAAUAUGUCAGUAAACAUGCCUUCCUUUUAGCAACUGAAUUAAGGGAGCACGUUUCCAAAGAAAUAGUGGUGCUGCGUCGGUGAGGGCACUACAAGAUAAUUUGGUUUUAUAGCGGAGCUCGCAGAGCGUAGCCCCAUAAUUAUACAGAAUGGUAGUAACCCAUCAAGCCGAAAAAAUUUGGACUUAUGACCGUGCGGGCGUCUGUACAAGGUGCUACUUUUAACAUACGUGGUCAACUGUACCGCGGGCACGCCAACGCCACGGCUUGCUCCAGUGGUCCGGUGGUCCGGUGGUCAGUGCACUGGGCUCCGAGUCGGAAGACCCGGGUUCUAGUCCUGGCCGGAGCAAGGCGUUGUGCCCUUGAGACGUGCGGGAAAAAAAUACGAGCUCCGCUUUUAGGCUUGGCUAAAUCUAUAUAUUUAACUGAGUUGAUAACGUAAAUUGGCCAUCGUAAAGAGUUUCUAAAGCUGACGUUUCGAGCGUUAGCACUCCGUCAAAGCAACACGGUUUUGUUAUUACAUUAUAUACUAAUGGUUGUACCGAAUCUCGAAAGCCUUUGGUAAGUUACCAUUUUAUUUAGACACGAAGUUUUCCAGUGCGUAGCUCAGUUGUGGUACAAAAAGAGCCUUCAUUCAGGUGGCACUUGUCUCUCGUGUAUCGAGUCAUGCGAAGAUUCAGGGCUCUUUGGUCAGAGACUGAUCAUGGGUUCCAUCCACAGCGAAAUUAAAGAGACGUGUUAUUUUUUUCACGAUUUUCUCUCGUUUACACAGGUCAAUCUGGACUCACUCAGUAUAGAUGAUCUUGUUGAUGAAGCCGUUCUUAGUAAUGACGUUGCCGGAUUUGUUUUUCAAGUGAAACGACGCUUCAAGAAUCAACAAGGUCUGAUCCGAGAAGUGGAGGAACUCCAAACGAAGUGAGUGAAGGGGAAUGUGAGGCACGAGCAAAUCGGCGCUUUGGAAUAAGCACCGUAUUUCACGAUUGCUGCUCUUUCACUUAGGCUCGACAGAGGUGCAAGACAUUUCUAAUCCAUUGGAGUGUUCCCAUUUUCUAAUUGCUAACAACUUCCAUUUCCAUUUUGGUUUAAUACUUCCUUAAGAUUCCAGACUCCUCAUUUAAGCUUUUUUUCGAGCUAAAGUUAAUGUUCCAAAAAGUUGAUAAGUGGCUUAAGCAUUCCAAUUCAGAUAGUCAAAUAAAAGUUAUAAAAAGUUGUUGUUAAAGAAGUUUUGUAUUGGAUGAUAUGAAUCGAAGAUGAGUCACAACAGUCUUCGAAUAACGAAUGCAUUUUUUUUUUACUAAUUUCAUGAAGUUACAAAAACUCGAUUUAGUCCGAGAGGAGAGUUCUUUGAACUGGAUAGUGUUUUUCCCUAACCUUACGGUUAUCAAUGGAAGACUACGGGAGAUAAAGUUGUGUCGGGGCUUCUCGGAAGGAACGGCCUGGAAAAUUUUUACGAACGUCCUAGGGAAUCUCCGGAUAUGAUCGGAUUCUCUUUAAAAAAAUUUUCACGCCUGAAUCAACCCAAGUUGAAUCGUACACUAUAAGCGUCGUUUCACACUGUGUACUUUGUUCUUUUCAAAGUCAUCAGUAAUGAUUAUCAGCACUGUAAUGGCCGACGUGUGAGGUACCGUGUUUUCAGGGGCUUCUCCCUGUGACGUGAGACUAACAACAGUGUACUUUUUUGAUUCAGUUAUGCGAUUGACUGGGAACCAAGCCACCGCCGUAUCCGAGUGAUGCUGGGGAAGAGCGGUAAAAUUGUGUGCAUCCUGAAAGUUGAUCCUUUAUACUCCAGUGGGCAGGGUCAUGUGCACCUCCUCGGUGUGGAGGGGGGCUCCUAUCACAAGGAGAUACAACAUUUACAGGUACAGUGAUACUUAAAUUCAAUUGAACACCUUCUUGAUAGCCUCCACCAGUAAGCAUUUGUGAACGCACCCAGAAACAAGCGCGAAGCACGAUUAACCGGUGGCAAGUGUAGGGCGUGAGGGGUGCCGAAGACGAAGAAAGCAAGGGAGGUGUCUGUCGCAAUACCCCUCUACCUUACGCGCUUACUUUAGAACUUUAAAUGGAUAUACCGAUAUAAAUAUUAGUAAGCAUUGUUUUCUGUGGGGAUCAGCGUUCUUUUCUAAUGGCAGGUUUUCUCUGAAUAGGAGGUUGUAUCUCAAGCUUUUCAAAAGCGUCCAGUGCGCUUGAUGAAAUGAGGCGAAAAUUUUAUCAAUUGUAAUAUGUACCCCUUUUUUGACUGCUUUUUUUAAUCGUUCUGUUAUCUUACUUCUUUUUUCCAGAGUACUGGAUCUGGUCGGAAUCUUACUCAGGUGAUCAAAGACCUUCAAGAGCUUUUUAUCAACCAGUGAGAUACACCCUUGGAGCUGAUUUCUACAUGCUUCCAAAGUGAUUUUUUUUGCCAGACGAAAGUACCCAAGAAAGAACUUAAAUUAUGCUACCAACAAGAAAACUUAAAGCUGUAUAAAACGUGUUUUUUUAAUACCUGUACCGUGUUUUUUAAGAAACUUAAUCUUAAUUUCUAUAUUUACAGAACUUGUCAGAUAUAUUUGGGUGACAAUAUUAUAUACAAGAUGUAUUUAUUUAACCAAGG